AUCCAUAUCCAUCUUCUCUCGUGUUACAAUAAAUUGAAACUUUCUUUGCACCAUUCAUGAUUCACACGACCAAGAACCAACGCUAUUUCUACUAAUCUUUCAAAUCUCACUCUCCAAACCCACAUCACACGGUUCACUUUUAUCUCACUCGCCACUCAUAAGCGCGUCACCGUAACAAUAAAACGAACGGCACCAAUUAACAUAUGUUAAACAAAAACAUUAUCGUCCUCAACCCAACAGCGUCAACAACACGGUCUCUAGGAAAUGAAAUCAUCAUACUGCAAUCAAAUCAAAUCAUGCUAACUUCCAUCACCACUUUACAUGAUCAUCGUUAAAAUCAAAACAUUCAAAAUUCUUAUGAAUAAUCUAAUCUCCCCAUGUUCUGGACCCGACCCACAUCAGAAAAAACUGUUUGAUCCUUAAAAGUCACAAUUUUUCUUUCUAUUGAAUUGAUUUUCCACAACCCCACAUGGAAAAAGAGCCACUGCUCCCAUAUUUCAGCCCCAAAAAACGGCUUUCCCCACUGCCUCCUCAUCUUUUUCCUUUACCAGAGAAUGAUGAAAUCGUUCUUCCUGUUACCCCUUCUGAGUUCAAGGAUCGUCUCAUAUUCGGACCUUCAUGUGCUUCACCAAGAGACCCUUCACCUUUGGCGGAUGCCUUAACACUUUCACGUAAUUCUCCAAAAAAUUCUCCCAUUUGUUCCUCUUCACACGAGUUUGCAUCAGCAACAUCCACACUUUGUGAUUCAUCAUCACAACUGUCUCAACAACAACAAUUAUCUUCUUGGCUCAUUGACCCUAAUUAUCCAUGGCGGAAAACCAAUUUACAUCGCUCCAAAACUGCACCGGCUAUGGCGGUUAUCAGUGAUUUCAAUCAUCCAACUGUGAAAAGACCUCAAUUUGGUAGCCAAUCUAUUGUUCAUCAAGCUUUUAUUCUUCUUGUUCUUUAUUUGGCUUUAGGGGUUGUAAUUUAUUGGUUCAAUCGUCAUAGUUUUACAGCAACUGAGACUCAUCCUAUUGUAGAUGCAUUGUAUUUUUGUAUAGUCACAAUGUGCACAAUUGGGUACGGUGACAUUACUCCUAAUAGUACUGCAACCAAGAUUUUCUCUAUAUUGUUUGUGUUGAUUGGUUUUGGUUUUGUUGAUAUAUUGCUCAGUGGAAUGGUUAGUUAUGUUCUUGAUUUGCAAGAGAAUCAUUUGUUGAGGGCAGUGAAGGGAAGGGGUGCCAAGGACGGGAGGUCGUAUAUAGUUGAUGUGAAGAAAGGUAGGAUGAGGAUUAGGAUGAAGGUGGCAUUGGCAUUGGGGGUUGUGGUACUUUGUAUUGGAGUUGGUGUUGUGGUUAUGCAUUUUGUGGAAAGUCUUGGGUGGGUAGAUUCCUUUUACCUUUCGGUUAUGUCUGUUACAACGGUGGGGUAUGGUGAUCAUGCUUUCAAGACUUUGCAUGGCCGUAUCUUCGCUGCAAUUUGGUUGCUCGUGUCUACGCUUGCAGUUGCCCGAGCUUUCCUUUAUUUGGCUGAGGCAAGAGUGGAUAAGCGGCAUAGGAGGAUGGCAAAGUGGAUUCUUGGUCAGGAUAUGACUGUUGCUGAGUUUCUUGCUGCUGAUAUAGACAACAAUGGAUUUGUGAGCAAAUCAGAAUAUGUUAUAUACAAGCUAAAGGAGAUGGGAAAAGUAUCAGAGAAGGACAUCAUGCAGAUCAGUGAGAAAUUUGAUAGACUAGAUACCGGCAACUUUGGAAAAAUAACACUUGGUGAUCUCAUGGAGGGUCAUAAUGGAUGAACUCGAUCAGCGUGGCUGGCUAUCCGAUGAUCAAGGUUUUAUUUUUGGAUAGACAAAUGUUAGUGUGUUAUGUUAGUUUCUAGAGUUUGAACCAUGAACCUCAUGGUUAGUACUCCUUCGGUCCGGUGUCUCUCGACUCACCAUUUGAGCUGCCUCUGAUGAUCAAGGUGAUUCCAUAUCCAGUUUUGUCACAUAAAGAAGGGAGUGCCAGAUUCUCAAGUUGCACGGGAACAUUUUUCAUUUUCGAGCUGGGAAGGAGAUAGUAGAUUAUUAGAUUAUCAAGUUACAUAGAAGUGAUUUUCCCUCUCAUACCCUUCUGUCUGUCACCAUUGAGACAGCUUGACGAGGCAGCUUGAAAUUCAGGGUUCUUUUGCCAGCAUUUUGCAACUGAUCUUGAUGAAAUUCCGGGUAUUACCAAUUAAAAUCGUAUUGUUAGGUUUGACGACAUGGCUUGUGGUGAUGGAGGGGACAAUUUUGGUUGGUUAAAUAAUUAAUUUGUACAUAAUCUUUUUUGAAAAUGAAUAAAUAAUGUAUUGAUUCUUUUCUUCAGAUUAUCUCUUUGUUAGUUGUGCAAAUCAAUGUUUCUAUUAGCCAAGGUUGUAUGUAGUUCUCAUUUGAGUACUUGCAUAGUCCUAUUCUGAGUUGAAUAAAGAUACUUCAUACUUGCAUUCAUAUA